ACCGCGGCACUCCGCGCGCUCCGAUCAGCCUCUCGACGUCUUCUCUUGUCCUAAAUCUGCUCUGCGGUGGAUAACUUGGAGGGAAGCAUAUCUGCAGGAGCAGACAGACCUCCUUAGGGUCACGUUGGUGUUUUUUUUGUUUUUGGACAGGACAUGGAUAAAGUUUUACGCACGUUUACGCAACAGAGGGACGCGUACACUUAUUAUCCUGCAGCUUCGCUUCUGAUGUAAAAAGUUUUUACUGGAGAGCAGAAGAGACCUUUGUUUCACAUUUUUGCUUUCAUUUAGACGCGAAAGGCGUUCAUUUUGGACAUUUUGUUCUACUGGUGGAUUUCAUGCUGGUUGUCAGAAACUUUUAUCACCGACUGAAAGUUUAGGAGUGUCACACAGGACAUUUUGUGUAUUUCUUUCCUGAAGUUGGUGAUUCAACACCAGAUGAUCUAGCGCUCAUUCAUCACAUUUUUUCCACAUCUCCGCUUGCGAGCCUCCUCUCCCAUCUUGCAUCCUCUGCAGACCCAGACGUUCUGCAAGUUGUCCACCGACCCAGUCAGCGUGACACUGACCCGAGCUGUUGUUGUGAUGCAUAUUCCCGUAGAGCCGCCCACCACCAGACGGUUCACGCCGCCCUCCACAUCCUUCACCUGUAGUAAGAUUGUAGACGGCAACGGGGCCAUGGCCACCCCGGGGCCUCUCAGGGCGAGACCCGACACCAGGAACGUGGUGGACGUUCUGGCGGACCACGCCGGCGAGUUGGUCCGUACCGACAGCCCGAACUUCCUCUGUUCCGUCCUUCCGUCCCAUUGGAGGUGCAACAAGACCCUGCCCGUGGCUUUUAAGGUCGUGGCCCUCGGUGAUGUUCCUGACGGGACGCUGGUGACCGUUAUGGCCGGAAAUGAUGAGAACUACUCGGCCGAGCUGAGGAACGCCUCCGCGGUGAUGAAGAACCAAGUAGCCCGCUUCAACGACCUGCGCUUCGUUGGAAGGAGCGGACGAGGAAAAAGCUUCACUCUGACCAUCACUGUUUUCACCGGACCGCCUCAAGUGGCCACUUACCACCGCGCCAUCAAGGUCACUGUGGAUGGGCCUCGUGAACCACGCAGGCACAGAGUGAAGAUGGAAGAUUCCCAGAAGCAAUUUUCGGACAGGCUGUCGGAGAUCGAACGCUAUCAGCGGACCAUGCGGAUAGGUCCGGUGAACAAUAAUCCUCGGCCCCUUCCUCAAAGCCACCUCAGCACCACACCAGCAGCCCUGUGGCAGGAUCAGAUGGACACCCCCACUUUGAAGACAUGCAAGGUGGAGGAAGACCUGAGACCAUGGCCAGGAACGACCGAUCUCUUCCAGCAGAGGACCACUUUCCCCUCUCCACUGACUGAUCCACGCUUCUCCGACCCUCGCAUACAUUACCCUGGAGCCUUCCCUUACUCCACUAACACCUCCAGCACCGGCAUCAGCGGCCUCAGCAUGUCCGCCCCAUCUAGAUACCACACCUACCUUCCGCCACCCUACUCAAACAACCAGACCCAGAACUUCCAAUCCAACUCCUACCUGUAUUACGGAACAGGAUCUGGGUCCUAUCAAUUCUCCAUGGUGGCGCCGGGUAACACCGGGGGCGAACGCUCCCCCACACGCCUCCUCUCCUGCUCGGGCGCCGGGGGCACCGGUGGCACCAACAGCCUGAUGAACCCGGGCCUGAAUGCCCAGAGUGAGGGCGUAGAGGCCGAUGGCAGCCACAGCAAUUCCCCCACGGCCAUGAGCGCCUCGGGUCGCCUGGAUGAGUCUGUCUGGAGGCCUUACUGACUGGCAGAUAUCUGGAACCCGAGGGUGCAGGAGGGGUGGAAAAGUGAAGAAAACGAUGAACAAAAUCGUGAACACUGAACGAAAUGAAAGAAAAAAGAGAAAUGAUGCAUGUUUGUCUUUUAUUUCUGUAGCACUCGCUUAUUAAGACAUUCUGCAUUUUAAUGCUGACGAAACGUCCAUGUAUUUUGUAAACUGCGUGAAUCCUUGCACUGUGCUAAGACAUGUACCUUUUAAGCCUAUCAAAAAGCCAUAUGAGCUGAGAUCAUGUCGAGCUGGAAGAAGCCAUAUAGUUAACAGCAGACGUGGACUUCAGACUGAGUCAGCCCACAUGAGGGUGGAGGAGAGCAACCAGACUGAAUGUUUGCCCCACGAGUGACUCAGACAUCCUUCCCAGGCUUGGCUGCACUGCUGUAGCAAUCAGUCCUUCUAAGCUUUCAUUUGGAAUUAUGCAAAAACAAUGUUUCAAAUAUAAAAAAAAAACAUCUCCCAGUUGCAUCCUAAGCUGCUUCAUAUGCUCACGUGGACCUUAAUUUACUAUCCAAAAGGACACCUUGGCCUUGGUGAUGCUGCAUGCAGGUUGGCUUUAAGACAAUGGACUUCCUCUGCUGAGACAUCCGUCAAUCAAGUUAGAACAGGACAGUGGACAAUCUUGAAUGUGCAGAGGAGAGUUUGCUGAUUUUAGUCCCUGCAGGAGAGAAACCCUGUUACGGCUUUUUAUCUCUUCUCCGAAGUUUCUUAUUUUUUUUUUCAUGAAACUGGUGUUUUGAAACUGGAUGAGACGGUUUACUUCUUCAUAUUUAUUUGAGCCAAAUUUCGAGGAAAUGUGUGCAUUUUCCCCCAAAUCCUUAAAGUAUUUCUCUCCAUCUUUCUUCUUUUUAUAUAUAGAUUUUUUUACAGCAUAUGCAUCAUGUUUUGUCUUUAAGUAUACAUUUGGAAUUCUUGUAAUAUAUUGCAACUAAAUUAUGAAAAAAAACGAAGCUUUAAUGUAAUUAUUUUGUCUUCCAAUGUAGCUUUGAUGCACUAAAAAAACCUUUAUUCCGUAUGAACCACGCCCGACACACUUUGUUAGUGAGAUGAUGUAUCGAAAGCUUUAACAUUUCCAAAUUUGCCUUCCUGCGCUGAAAAUUUGUUUAAUUUUUGCACUAAGUUCCAAUUUUAAAUUCUCUUUUUAUGCCGUUCGAGACAUAUAAAAGCCCGCCAAAGCAUUUAAAGCACAUUUCUGUACAUAUUUGCCGAACACACUCAUGCACGGCUCCUAAUUAGACACUCAUGCACGUACAUGCGUGUGUGCACGCAUAUGAUCCUUCAAUCCCUGAAGGAGGAAGAGUGUGGGGAUGAAGGGAGGAGCGGAGUCGAAGCGGUGUCUUCUUACACCAAAGGCAAUUAUGCACAAGAAGAAAGCCGCCCGCCGUGCACAGGCCCUUUGUUCUGGAAAAUCCGUAAGAAUUUCGAAGCCUUGACGGCCUGUCGCUUGUGGCCUAAUUUACUGAUCAGUGGUGCCAGGGGCUCAUUGACGCUGCCAAUAUUUCACACGUCUAUGCAGGAUCAUCUCGGUAUGAGCCACACUGAGGCAUUUACGGCAUGUAUCAGGUAUCCUAUCUAUGAGAAGAUCUUACACAACAUGAGUCAUGGCUUUAAAAGAUACUUUGUAGUAAGGUCAGAGAGUUGUGAUCCAAAAGUCCUGUUAUGUUAUGCACUUAUGCAAACACACAAGCCUUUUUGCUCUUUUUAUGCCUCAUUCCUGUCUCCUUGUGCUAAAAGAGGAAAAACACUUUUCUCUUCUUUACGUGGUUGAAGACUGUUACGAUAUUAAAAAAAAAAAUCAUGCAGCUAGAGAAACCAAAUACAUUUUUAUGUGUACAAAAGCGUUUGCAAUGAGAAAAAUGUGUGGUAAAAAUCUUGAUCUCUCUGAUUCUUAAUGUAAAAGUAGGAAGCCAAAAUGUACAAGUGAACUGUAAUUUAUUGUAUAUUGGAUUCAUGAGCACAAUGUUACUUCUUCUUGCUUCUUUUUAAAAGAAUUUUCUUUCCAUAUACCAAAAAUGUUAACUUGCUUUCCCUGUCUGUUUUAAUGCUCAAAGCAUGUACAUCUGAUAUGUUAAUUUAAAGAUUCCCUGUAUGUAUUAAUAUCAUUCAUGUUUCCAUAUGGAGUGCUUGUAAAGUUUUCAGAUAAUG